AUGGGAUGCAAUAUGUGCGUGGUCCAGAAACCGGAGGAGCAGUACAAAGUGAUGCUUCAGGUGAACGGGAAGGAGCUCUCCAAGCUGUCUCAGGAGCAAACCCUAGAGGCCCUGCGCGCCUCCAAGGAGCCCCUGGUGAUCCAGGUGCUGAGACGCAGCCCCCGCCUGCGGGGGGACAGCUCCUGCCAUGACCUUCAGCUGGUGGACAGUGGCACUCAGACUGACAUCACCUUCGAGCAUAUCAUGGCGCUGGGCAAGCUGCGCCCGCCCACCCCACCCAUGGGCGUCCUGGAGCCGUACGUCCUCUCUGAGCUCCCCCCCAUCAGCCAUGAGUAUUAUGACCCGGCGGAGUUCUUGGAGGGCGGCCCACAGGAGGCAGACCGUAUGGACGAGCUGGAGUAUGAGGAAGUGGAGUUGUAUAAAAGCAGCCACCGAGACAAGCUGGGCCUGAUGGUAUGCUACCGCACGGAUGACGAGGAGGACCUGGGCAUCUACGUUGGAGAGGUAAACCCCAACAGCAUCGCAGCCAAAGACGGCCGGAUCCGUGAGGGAGACCGCAUCAUCCAGAUUAACGGCAUGGAUGUGCAGAAUCGAGAAGAGGCAGUGGCUAUCCUGAGCCAGGAGGAGAACACUAAUAUCUCCCUGCUGGUGGCCCGGCCUGAGAGCCAGCUAGCGAAGCGGUGGAAGGACAGCGAUCGGGAUGACUUCCUAGAUGACUUCGGCUCUGAGAAUGAGGGGAAGCUGAAGUCACCCCCUGUGCAGCAGCCUGGAAACGAAGAGAAGAGGGCUCCUGAUGUGGGCCCAGGCCUGAGCAACAGUCAGGAGCUGGACAGCGGCGUAGGCCGGACUGACGAGAGCACCCGCAAUGAAGAGAGUUCAGAACAUGACCUGCUGGGGGAUGAGCCCCCGAGCACCACCAACACCCCUGGAAGCUUCCGGAAGUUUGGUCCACAAGGGGAUGCCCUGCAGAGCCGGGACUUCCACUUCAGCAUGGACUCACUGCUGGCUGAGGGCGCGGGGCUGGGGGGAGGGGACGUGCCUGGCCUCACCGAUGAGGAGUAUGAGCGCUACCGGGAGCUGCUGGAGAUCAAGUGCCACCUGGAGAAUGGCAACCAGCUCGGCAUCCUCUUCUCUCGGGCCUCUGGUGGGAACAGCGCCUUGGAUGUGAACCGCAACGAGAGCCUGGGCCACGAGAUGGCCAUGCUGGAGGAGGAGCUUCGGCACCUGGAGUUCAAGUGCCGCAACAUCCUUCGGGCCCAGAAGAUGCAGCAGCUGCGGGAGCGCUGCAUGAAGGCCUGGCUGCUGGAAGAAGAGAGCCUGUACGACCUGGCAGCCAGCGAGCCCAAGAAGCACGAGCUAUCCGACAUCUCGGAGCUGCCGGAGAAGUCAGAUAAGGACAGCACGAGCGCCUACAACACGGGGGAGAGCUGCCGCAGCACGCCGCUGCUGGUGGAGCCCCCGCCCGAGAGCCCCCUCAAGCGAGCCUCGGCUGCUAACUCCAACUUGAACCGGACCCCACCCGGCCCCCCUGCCGCCACCCACCCUAAGGUGGCCCCUCCACCCGGGAGCCCUGCCAAGUUCCGAUCCCUCUCUCGGGAUCCUGAUGGGGGCCGGAGACAGCAUGCAGAGGAGCGCGUGCGCCGCAACCCCAAGCCCGGGGUGGCCUUGGAGCGCGUGGGCCCCGAAGGCAGCCCUUACCUCUCCAGGCGCCACCGGGGCCAGGGCCAGGAGGGGGAGCACUACCACAGCUGUAUGCAGCUGGCCCCGCCCCGGGGCUUAGAGGAGCUAGGCCAUGGCUCCUUGGGGCUGGCCGCCGGCCCCCGAGUGCCUGGCGUGGCGGCCGCAGCCGCCGAAGCGCCGCGCAUGGAGUGGAAGGUGAAGGUGCGCAGCGAUGGCACCCGCUACGUGGCCAAGCGGCCCGUGCGGGAUCGGCUGCUGAAGGCCCGGGCCUUGAAGAUCCGGGAGGAGCGCAGCGGCAUGACCACUGACGACGACGCCGUGAGCGAGAUGAAGAUGGGCCGCUACUGGAGCAAGGAGGAGCGGAAGCAGCACCUCAUCCGGGCCCGGGAGCAUCGGAAGCGGCGCGAGUUCAUGAUGCAGAGCCGCCUGGAGUGUUUGAGGGAGCAGCAGAAUGGCGACAGCAAGCCCGAGCUCAACAUCAUUGCCCUGAGCCACCGCAAGACCAUGAAGAAGCGAAACAAGAAGAUCCUGGACAACUGGAUCACCAUCCAGGAGAUGCUGGCCCAUGGCGCGCGCUCGGCCGACGGCAAGCGCGUCUACAACCCCCUGCUCUCCGUCACCACCGUGUGA